GUGGGUCCAGGGAAUAUCCUGGGGUACAGCAUGGCCCUCAGCGUGUGGGACUGAAGACAGCAGUGAAACCAGGUGACUGCAGGGUCUCAAAUCUACUCUCAGAUCAUGCCAAGGGGUGAAAAUCCUUCUUAACCAUUAGCACUGGGAAGUGGAGCUGAAAAAUUCCCCUCCUCAAGAGUUGAGUUUUGGCCUGCUGAGUGUAUUCCAUGUCUAGGUCCUGGUCUUUUCCCUCUUCUGUGGCUGCACGUUGAGCACUGUCCUUUCCUGAGCAGCACAUACAAGGCCAGGUGGAUCCAGCUGAGGUCUGCUGCUGUUUCUGGGCUGGAUAUCCACCAGGAGGAGAGUUUGCUGAAGUUUCCUGGAGAUUUUUGUACUGUGGGGUUCCUAUAGUCACCAUGGGAAGGGAUAACAGGCCCUGCUUACCCUGCACUUCCCUAGGGAGUAGCUUGCUUCACAUUGGGAAUAAAACCACAUUUGGGUGUCCCUUGCACUCCCACCACGGCUUCUCCUGGGACAAAGGUUGCCAGAGCCCUGUGCUAAGGGAAAUGGGAGUUUUGUUCCAUCUGGAGCUGGCCCUGGCUGUCCAGUCUCACAAUUCCUUUGGGAGAUCACUUCAGGCACUGCUGUGGUGGCUGUGGCUGCUGGAAAAGGAUCCAGGUGUCCCAGGGUUGAGCUGGUUCUUCAGCCCUCAACUCGGCCCUCCCCAUUUCAGAUCCUCUGGCACAAAUAGCCCUUGGGAAUGCUGCUCUUUCCCUGCUGCUGAGGUUAAACACAGUUUUCAGCAGCUGAUGGAAUGUGAAGGCAGGGACAGCCUGGAUCUUCGCAUCCUCAUUCCCAAAUUUUUCCAAACUGAAAAGGUGGGGAGGCCCCUCCAAAAACCAUCUCCCACCUCCUCCCCUUCUCCCACAGGUGAUUGCAGUCCCGUGCUGGGACCAGCAGAUCCCAGCAGCAGGCAGAGUGUGCCGUGGGCUGGCACAGGGACCACAGCCUCCGGAUGCAGGCUGUUCCCGGUCCACAGCGGAAGCGGCGUUGCCAGCUGAAGGAAUUGGACUGGAAACCCUCAGUCCCUCUGUGUUUGAGAGCUGGGGCUAAGAAACAGCAUGUCUUGGCUUUCAGGGGAUGUAGCAGGAAUGUUCUGUCCUUCCCAAAUAGGAAGAAACACUUGGAAAUAACACGGGAUUCUGGGCUCAACAAUACAGAGGGCAGAGGCUGCUGUGGAGUCAAGGGAAAAGCAAAGGGCUUAAGUUCUGUAAGUCUGAUCCCCCAAAAAGCCCUUGGGAAUGUAGAUCUGAUCCAAGUGAGAUACUACACAAAAUUAGGGUGGUUUCACUGCAUUUGGGGGGGGCAAAAAUUCAGGAAGGGAAAAUCCAACCAGUAUCAGGAAGUUUUUGGCUUAAAAAUGUUUAUGAUGCAAAAUGGGCAGGUUUUCUUGGAAUUAUUUAUUCAGACUGAAGUAAAAAGGGAUUAUUUUGAUGCUUUCUUCAGGAGAAUUUGAAUCAAAAGCUUUUUGCCAUUCCACGUGGAAGCAGGAAUGCCCAGCUCUCAGGAAUGAAGACACAGGUCUCCAUGGAGCUUCAGGGGGGUGAUCCUUGUCACCCUUCCUGGUGCUAAAUAGCCUGAAAUAGGUUGAGAGCAGGAAUUUCUCAAGAAAACCGGUUUGGGAUUUUUUUUCCUUAAAGCACCGAUUGGUGGUAGAAAUUUCUCUGCCAGGACCAACCAGCUCCGGGUGGAAUUCGCGAUGCUUUGCCCGGAGCUGAAGAUCCACGUGGGUCAGACAAGAAGCAGGCCUGGGCUCCGGCCACCCGUGUGGCGUCUGUCCCCCCCACCCCGGGAGGGAGGCUGGAGAGCCGAGCAGAGGGCAUGUGCUGGGAAUUGGGAGUGAAUUCCAGCGCUGAUCCCUGCCCGCUGGCCACAAAGCCGCUGCCUGUGCUGCUCCUGCUGUGCUUUCCAAGAAUGCCGGCAGGGCUCGGCGGCAGCAGGACAGCUGGCUCCGCAGCCCUGACAUUUCCCAUCAUAAGGAAGCGUUGUUUUCUCGCCAGCUGCAAGGUUUGCUCGGGAAUGGCUGGCGGGAAUGAUUGGGGAGGUGCUCCCUCAGCUCCCCCUGGCAUCCCUUGUUCGGGGCAGGAAUGCCAAGUGCAACCCUGGCCCUGCUCCUCCCUGGAUCCCAGGUGUGUGUCCCCCGAGACCCCUCCUUGCCCUCCCCUCUCCGGGAUUCCUGAUUUCUGUGUGCCAUGCCCUCCUCCUCUGCCCUUUCAAGAGUGGCCUAUGGCACCAGAAUUCCUUUGUGGCUCCAGGUUUUUCCCUCUCCCUUACAACCAGCUGCUUUUAGGAGCUGCUUUGGAGCGGGUUUUCCAUCAUUUCAAAGGCUGGUGCUGUUCCAAACUCCUCCAGUGCUCUGGAUGUUGCAGCUUCGAGGGGCUUGGAGUUGUGUUUCACAUAAAAUCUUGUGGUUGAAGGUAAAACAGCCGCACCCUGGUCAUCCCACAGGACUGCUUUUUGCAGCGUUUCUGGAGGUUUAAGUUACUUCCACGAUGGGAUUUGCCUUCCUUCCCUCAGCACAGUGUGCUGCGUUCUAAAAUCAGCUUCCCAAGCAAAGCCGUUCCCGCAGCGGGAAGCUUCCCGCCGUGAGGAGCUGUUUGUUGGAGUCUGAUGGAGCCUGACAGACGGGGUCUGUGGCUGUGUCCUCCUUCCCAAGAGCCAGCUCCUGCGGGAAAACAAAGUGCAGGACACUCUCUUUGGAAGCCAAGGGGCAGCAGAGGGAUUUAGCAGCUCCCUCAGGACGUUUGGCUCGCGCGCUCUGCCAGCCGUGAGCUGCCGGUGUUUAUCCAGUGGCAAAGCUCUCGGGACAUGUUGUUCAGGCCCUGGGGUGGGAGGGAAGUGCUGUUAAUUUGCCCCUUCCCUGUGUUUCUUAUCCCUCACAGCUUUGGGAAGGAGUCUUUGAGCUCUGACGUGGAGCCAGAUCUGUUUUCUCAGCGUGAUCCAGCCGCGUGUCGGAAUCCGCUUCAGCGGCAGACAGGAACGGGACAUCAGGAAACUCUGUUGGUUGGAUUUCUCUUGCACUAGAGGUUUUAUUAUCUCCUGUGACCUAAAAAACAGCCUUUUAUUAAAAAAAAGAAAGGGAACGUGUUCCCAGUGGGUCCAUGUUGAUGCAAAUCCCACACGGAGUCCAGCAGUGACCGGCAUGCCUGGACAUGGGGCCUUUCAUCUGUUCUCCCUCUCCCUGUUCAUAGCAAAUGGAGAAGCAGCUGGGAUCUGUGUCCUUGUGCCUUGGAUGUGAAUGCACAGGUUUCACAGCAGGAUUGGUGUCAGAAGGAACAGAGUGAAUCAAGGAAGGGCUGUGAUUCAUGGGAGCCUCUGGCUUGGUUCCCAGAGCAGACUCCUUGUGUCUUGAAGGAGCGGCAAGUAUGGAGGAGCCUGACCACAAAUAUUUCACCAGGACUUAAUAUCUCCUGCACCUUUCCCACUGGGCUCAGCUGCAGAGCUCUGGAGGUGGAUCAUGCAGCGAUCACUGGUGAUAAAGUCCUGUUUCCAUUGCCAAAUGUUCCCUGGCAAACGUGGGACGUGGCGCUGGGUGCUCCUGUGGGGACUCGCACGUGGUUUCCACCACGCCAAGGAGAGCUGUGCCUGAGGAGCAGGAGUUUCUCCCAGCUGUGCUGUCAGGGACACAAACUCCCCAGCUCUGGGACUCACACUGACCCUUUUCCUAAGGAAUCCAGGGGUGUAUUUUUCUGGAGCAGCUGGUAUUGGAUUGGAAGGUCAUAGUGGUGAUGGAGGUGGUGGGAAGGGAGCUGAUUUUCCCAAGGUGACAUUGGAAGUCUGUGGCAUGAGUGCAGCUGUGCUUCCAUUUAAAUUCCAUCCUUUUUGUUCCUUUGUUCCUUCAUCCCCAAGAAUCCAUGUGCUGUUAACACACUCAGAAUUAAGGCAAGUGUGACUGCCCAGCUGCCAGGGCUGUGCUGCCAAGGUGCUGCACCUGAGGCAAGCACAGCAGGAACCUGGAGCAGCAGGAAUUGUUACUCUGCAUUCCCCCAGCCAGUUCCUGCCUUCCAAAGUGCAAGGGUCGAUUUUCCAUGAAAUUUGCCCAUUUGCUGUCACGCAACUUGCAGGAAAAGGGUUUUCUCUGUGGCUUCUCCCUCGUUUGCCUGGAAUCAGGAAUGUAUUAAAACUCAUGGUCUUACAGAGGAUCAGGCAAGAAGAGGACUUGAUUGCAGACAUCUCAUUUCCGUAGGAAAUGGGGCUAAAAAUAGGGAAGGAAUGUAAAGGAGACUUCUUUUUCUUGACACCCCCCCCAUUCCCCAGCUGGGAACCAGCUUUUGUCCCAAAAUCUGUUUAUUGCCUCGCUGUUGUUUUCUGGGCCCCAGAUGUAGCCACGAGCCUGAUUUUUGCUUUGGAGAAGCCGGAGCAGGGCUCUUUCCAGGGGCUGAUGCACAAGGGGGACACAUGUGAUGGCAAGAUGGGUUUCUGGGAGAGGUCUGCUGGCUCUCCAGGCUCUCCAUGACAUUCCCUGAGCUAUCCAGGGGCCUCCCUCCAGUGCUGAUCCCGCUGGCAGCAGCUGUGAUCCCGAUAACCCCGUGGCUGGUGGAGUGCUGAUGUCCCUGUAGGCACCAGGACGUUCCCUUUGGACACCUGAUAGGGGCUAUAAAUACCAGGUGGGUUCAUGUUCCCUCAAGCACUGAGUGGGCUGUGCCAAGUCACCCCAGAUGGUCAGGCUGAGAGAUCCCUGUGCCAGAGAAAUGACUGCAGCCUUUGGAAAAGGGACCGAAUCCCUGAUGUGGGCGUUUGAAGGCUCCACACCCUUGGCCAGGUCCCUUCUCCCAGUUUCUUUUUUUGCAGCACUGGUGUCACCUGGGAUCUGCAUCCCACAGGUCAGAAGCAUUCUGGGGUCUGAUGGAGAGAGUCAGGAUGCUGCCCAGGGUGUUGUCAGGCUUGUCCCUUCUUCCCAGGAUGCCCAAGGCACAUCCAUGCCAGAUCCAGACUCAGGGAAUGCCAGGAAGGUUUGGGAUGGAAGGGACCUCACAGCCCAUCCAGUGCUGCCCUCUGCCACGCACAGGGACACCUUCCAUAGCCCAGGUGGCUCCGUCCCACAGUGCCUUUGCCCCUUUGAGGGGAGCCCCUUUCCCUGUCCGGGAAGCGCUGCCCGGCGCUGCUGCCUGCGGGGAAACUGAGGCACAACUCCCGAACCGCCUCCGGGACGGGAUGACGACCGCCUCUGCUGGCCAGGAAAGAGGAGGAGGAGGGCAUCAGCCGGCCCGCCCGGGGCUGAGCCCAGCCCGGCCCCCGGGGCGGAGCCGGCGGAGCAGCGCCCGGCGGAGCGGGGAGCGGCGGAUCCCGGGGCAGCCCCGGGCCGGCUCCGGGAUGAGCUUCCCGCGGCCCCUGCGCCGCUCCGUGAGCCUCAGCCCGGCCCGCACCCUGCGCCUCGUCGUGCUGGGACAGAGCGCCGUGGGCAAGACAGCGCUGACCGUGCGAUUCAUCACCAGGAGGUUCAUUGGAGACUAUGACCCAACCCUAGAAAUGAUCUACAGGCACGUGGCUGUCAUCGAUGGGGAGAUGGUGCACUUCGAGAUCCUCGACACAGCCGGGCAGGAGGAGGACUCCCUGCAGAUCGAGGAGAAGAUCAAGUGGGGCGAUGGCUUUGCCGUGGUCUACUCGGUGACCGACCGCUGCAGCUUCGACGAGGUGAUGCGGCUCUGCUUCCUCAUCAACCACCUGCACGGCAGCCCCAAGCGCAGCGGCGCCGAGCAGCCCCCCGUGGUCAUCGUGGGCAACAAGAAGGACCUGCAGUUCGACAGGAUGGUGUCCACCGAGGACGGGGAGAACCUCUCCAAAGCCCUCAAGAUUCCCUUCUACGAGAUCUCCACCCGGGACAGCUACGAGGAGCCGGUGGCGGUGUUCAGCAGCCUCUACCAGGAGCUGCUCAGGCAGGGCCACUUCUCCCCGGGCUCCUUCAAGAGGAGGACAGUGUCCAAGCUCAUGGAGAAGAUUCCCAAAAUGCAAGCCAGCUCCACCCUGAACUCCGCGGGCCGGAGCCUCAGCUUUAACUCCUUCAGGGACUACAUUCCCGAGUGAGCGCCCGGCUCCAGCCCGGCGUGGGGGCGGCUGCUGGGGCUGUGCCGGCUCUCUGGAGGGGAAGGGCAGGAGAGGGGAGGGUGGCAUUGGCUAAAAAAGCCUGUGGGUUCUUCUUACAGGGGGUUUUGUGCCAGCAGGGAAGGUUUUCUUCAUCCAUCUGCCCCCUUUGCUCCCUCCUCCCCCUCUGGCAGAGCUGAGGUGGCCCUGGUGACUCCAGGGGUGUUGGGACAACCCUUGGAGGGAGGCUCAGCCGUGUUUUGGUGGGAUUCAGACCCAGCAUAGGCACAUCUGGGGGGAACUUCCUCCCUCCUCUGAGCUGGCUGGGUGUGUCUGCACCCCAAAGCCAGCACCCACCAUGCUGGGUGACCCCGAGGGCCGUGCUGGCUCCUGGAAUGGCAGCAGCCAUUCCCUGGGGAUGGAGCCUGCUUCCUCAGCGUGGCUGGUGAGUAAAACCCCUGGAUCCUCAAACCCUUCCAGCCCAUCCAGGCUGUGCUCAGUGGCACAGACACAAUGGAGCCAAUUCCAGAAGCUGUUUGCAGGUCCCCCUCUGUCUGCUCAUCUGCUGCCCCAUUCCCAGAGGGAAAACCACUGUGGCCUGAGGAGUUGUUUUGCACGGGGAUGGGGCAGGAAAGGUGUGGGAAGGAGCUGGGCUCGUGUCUCAUGUUCCUUCCCUCCCUCUGGGUGUGGGGGCUGUGCUGGGACCCUGUGGUGUGACUCCCCUGUCCCCUCUGUUGUGACCAACCCUGUUGUGUGCUGCCGUGUCCUGUGACAAUAAAAGCCGAGUUCCCAACCGCC